UGAAAGGCAGGAAGAGAGCGAGACAGUAGGAAGAAAAGGGGGAGUGACUGCAGCAUGCACUCUUAGGAAAAGCUGCUCUGCAAACUUCAAAAGUCAAACUGAGAACUUUUAAAAACACUUUUUUCCUUGGAGCCUUCUAUUUUUAUUCCAUGAGUGCUACAAGUGUGCUCAGAUCUUUCAGUCCAUCAGCGAUGCCCGGCCCAGUAAUGCCGAUGGAUGUGGCUAUGCGGUUCUACAUCAGCCAUUCUCCGCCUCCUCUUCGAGGCUUCCUCAGCCACUAUGAGGACCUGCAGAGGGCCAAGAACCGGGUAAACCGGUCCAGCACCCAUAACCGCAAACAGCAGCUCUACAAACCUCUGCGACCCUGCCUCAGCAACCAGCAGAAAGAUGACAGUAACUGCGUGGGCUGGGACAACAGCAAGGCCGGCAAGAAGCGAGUGGUGUUUGCAGACACAAAGGGCAUGUCGCUCACCGCCAUCCACGUCUUCUCCAAAUUCGAUGACGAGCCAUAUCAAAGCAAGCACCUGGACGCAAUCACAGACGAGCUGCAGUUCGACAUGACAGACCUUGAAACGGCCACAAUGGAUCUAAAGAUCAGCUCGGUUCGCAGCCUGGCAUUAGACUUCAAGCAGCCCUCCGCCGACUACCUGGACUUCCGGAACCGCCUGAUCCAGAAUUCGGUCUGCUUGGAGAGCUGCUCCCUGCAGGAGCGCUCGCUCACCGGCACCAUUAAGGUCAGGAACAUCGGGUUUGAGAAGACAGUGCAGGUGCGCGUCACCUACGACUCGUGGGUCAGCUUCACCGACAUCGACUGCACCUUCAUGAACAACGUGUACAGCUCCCAGGACAACGACACCUUCGCAUUCGUCCUGGAGCUGCCCUCCUUCAUCCCGCCGCAUAAUCGGGUCGAGUUCUGCAUCUGCUUCAAGACCCAGGGCCAGACCUUCUGGGACAAUAAUGAUGGCAAGAAUUAUGUGCUCAAGCACAUCGGCUGGAACGGAGAGGACCUGCACACUCGGCCCUCCCUCGGUUCUGCUGAGCAGAAAAAGUCCCCAGAGCAGAAAAACGAGGGGGUCAAGUUAGUGGAGCUCGAGUUCGAUCAGUUUGGCAGCCCACGCAUGUCCAGCGGACUGUUUCCCGGCUGGCAGAGCUGGGGUCAGAUCGAUAACACAGUGCCUUAUUGGUGAAACCUGCAGCAUGUUUGCUGAACUGGCAAUAAAGCGCAAUAAGACAAACAGACGGUGACAGGGCAUUCAGUACGAGUCCAGCUGUGGGUUGACUCGCAGCCAGAGACUAAACUGAAGCUGUAAUGUUCUCAACUGACCUGGUUUUUGCUGUAACGAUUGAGGACGAUGAUGAAUGAUUGAUGAAAUAUGAGUGGAGAAUGACGAAUAUUUCGGGUUUCCUGUUGUAAAAUAUUCAUGUGCCUUCUCAUUGUGCCUGCCCACUAAAAUACAAAUUAUUUGUACAAUCCAAGAGAAAUGGGGAGCCCCCUUUUGAGGGCCUGAUGGAUUGGGUAACAUAAGCACUGAUUGAGAUCUCCCUAAUAAUGUGAUAUCUGUAAAUGGAGCUGAUCAAGUCCUUCAUAUUGAAGGGGGAAAUAUGGGGAGUGCAUGGCGCAAUGAUGCUUCUCUACUACAGAAAACACAGUUGAUUCAUUGCUAAUGAAAAAUGCACACUAAACGUUUGGACAUUAAAAAUGGCCUAAACUGUAAUAUUUAAGUCAUGCCGCCCUUUCUUUCCCUCCAUGUAAAUUGCACAUACUUGUCUGCUAAAAUGUUUGAGUGGUGAUAUGAUUAUGGAACUGAGCUGCUAUUGUGUCUCAAGAAAAGUCGCUGCAUGUGAGUGGUUGCUUCUAACUGGGAAGAAGUUUGGAAACGUCUGUGGUUCUGGUAUGUCAAGAAAGAAAUGAUGUAAGAGCGAAUGUUUGCUUUCAGAAGUGCAAUUCUUGAAGAUGAGUGUACAGUAUGUGUGGCUGGAAUCAAGAAUUUUCUGUUUUGAAACAGCUUAUGUUUUUUCUUCACUGAAGAAAGCUGUGUGCCCGGCAUUCUGUGUAUCACUUGAA